GGCCUCCCUCGGCUCUGCCAGCGUUAGCUUGUGUGGCUGUGCUAAAUGUGCAGGUGAUCGGGGUAAUGUUAGAAACGACGUCUGGUGAAGAGUGUUUCGUGGAGUUUUCCUUCUUGGACACCUGGAUGUGACUAAGAUGUCCGGGUUUCAGGAUGUUACAGAUUCAUCAGGACGGCGGCUGAGAGACCUGUCAGGACAAACAUCAACAUGUGGAUACGAAGAGGAGAUCCACCGACAAAGACAACUGCUGGAUGUGAUGUCAACACCUGAAAUCAAGCUGCAGAGAAUAGAUGCCCAGCAGCUAUUGGUUAGUAAAGAAGAGCUUCCCCCUGAGCAGCCAGAGUGGAACCCCAGUCUGGACCAGGAGGACACUAAGCCCCCACAAAUUAAAGAGGAACAGGAGGAACUGUGGAGCAGUCAAGAGGAAGAGCAGCUUCAAAGACUGGAGGAGGUUGAUACCACUGAUUUCCCCUUUAACCUUGUCAUUGUUAAGAGUGAAGAUGAUGAAGAGAAACCUCAGUCCUCACAGCUUCACCAGAGACAAACUGAACAGAUGGAAACAGGAGCUGAUGGAGAGGACUGUGGAGGAGCAGAACCAGAUAUGUACUCGGAUGCAGAAAGACAUUUACCCCCAGAGACUGAGGUCGAGACUGAAGUCUCUUCUGAACCUGAGACUGAUGACAGUUGUGAUUGGAAGGAGACCAGAGAACAUCAGUCAGGUCUAAACUCAAUGGAAACCAUUAAGAAAAAGAGACCAAAGACUGAUAAAAAAUCACAUAGCUACUCUGAGCACGGUAAAACAUUAAAAAAUAUAAAGUGUCUUACCGGACACACAGGAAUUUACACGGGAGAGAAACCAUUCAGCUGCUCCGAUUGUGGUAAAAUGUUUAAUCAGAAAUGGAAUCUGACCCAACACAUGUUUGUACACACAGGAGAGAAACCCUUCAGCUGCUCUGUUUGUCGUAAAAAAUUUAACCAAAAGUCUAAUUUGACACAUCACAUGGCACGUCACUCUGAGAAGAAACUGUACAGCUGCAGUGUUUGUGAAAGAGGAUUCUGUUGGCCCUAUGAGUUGAAAAGACACAAGUGUGUUGGAAGUCAGGCAUCAGUGUUUCAUCAAAACAAAACUGAUGAGAAAAGAGAUGAAGAAACAGGAGCUGAUGGAGAGGACUGUGGAAGAUCAGAACAAGCCCCGGACUCAGAUAAUCCAGAGAGACAUUUACAACCAGAGACUGAGGUCAAGACUGAUGAUUCUUCUGAAGCUGAGACUGAAGACGAUGUUGAUGAUUGGAAGACUAGAGAAAAAAACUUGGGUAUAGGUGGUGUAAAAAUCAUUACAAAUAAGAGACUCAAGAUUGAUAAGAAAUCAAAUAGCUGCGCUGACUGUGGGAAAACAUUAAAAAAUAUACAUGAUCUUGCCCAACACAUGAUAAUCCAUAAAGAACAGAAACUAUUGGGCUGCUCUGUUUGUAGUAAAAAAUUUCACCGAAGAUGGCAACUGACUGAACACAUGUUGGUUCACACAAAAGAGAAACCUUUCAGCUGCUCUGUUUGCAGUAGAAGAUUUAACCAUAAGUCAACUCUGAAACUUCACAUGGCACGUCACACAGGAGUGAAACCAAUCAGCUGCAGUUUUUGCGACCAAAGAUUCUUUUGGCCCUCUCAGUUAAAAAAACACAAUUGUGUUGGGGGCGAAAAUUGGAAGGCAACCAGGGAACAUCAAUCAAGUUUAAACUCUGAAAAAACCAUAAAGGAUCAUAGAUCAAGGAGUGAUCAGAAAUCCCAUGACUGUUCUGAGUGUACUAAGACAUUCAGAAAAAGAUGUGAUCUGACUAGACACAUGAGAAUUCACAGAGGAGAGAAACCCUUCAGUUGCUCUGAUUGUGGUAGAAAAUUUAACCAAAAAGGAAAUCUAACCACUCAUAUGCAACUUCACACAGGAGAGAAACCUUUCAGCUGCUCUUUUUGCAGUAAAAGAUUCAACCAAAAAGAAAGCCUGCUCAGACAUAUGUUAGUUCACACAGGGGAGAAACCGUUCAGCUGCUCUGAUUGUGGUGAAAGUUUUCGCCUUAAAGUAAGUCUGGCCCAACACAUGUUUGUUCACACGGGAGAGAAACCCUUCUGCUGCUCUGAAUGCGGUAAAGGAUUUAUGCGAAAGUCUAAUCUGACAAUUCACAUGGCACAGCACACAGGCGAGAAACCCUUCUGCUGCUCUGAGUGUGGUAAGAGAUUUAAACAUAAAACUAGUCAAAAGAUUCACAUGGCACAUCACAGAGGAGAGAAACCCUUUGGCUGCUCUGUUUGUGACGAAAGAUUCUCUUGGCCCAAACAGUUAAAAAGACACAAAUGUAUUGGAGGUCAGGUUUCACAGCUUCGUUCAGACCAAACUGAGGGGAUAGAAAGGGAAGAAACAGGAGCUGAUGGAGAGGACUGUGGAAUAGCAGAACCAGCCGGGAGCACAGUUCCAGAGAAACAUUUACAAACAGUGAUUCAGGUCAAGAUUGAAGACUCUUAUGAACCUGAGACUCAAGACAGAGACGAGUAUUGGACGGAGAGCACAGAACAUCUGUCAGGUUUAUUCCCUGUGGAAAACUUAGAUAAGGAACCAGAGAGUGAUAAGAAAUCACAUUGCUGCUCUGUGUGUGGUAAAGCAUUUAAACAGAAAAAUAAUCUUACCAGACACCUUAGAAUUCACACAGGGGAUAGACCAUUCAGCUGCUCAGUUUGCAACAAAAGAUUUUAUCACAAACAGCAUGUGACGACACACAUGUUCAUCCACACCGGAGAGAAACCCUUCAGCUGCUCUCUUUGCACUGAAAGAUUUUCCCGAAAAGAUAGUUUAUCUGCACAUAUGUUUGUCCACUCAGGAGAGAAACCCUUUAGCUGCUCUGUUUGCAGUAAAGGUUUUAACCGAAAGUUUAGUCUAAAAAUUCACAUGGCAUGUCACAGAGAGGAGGAACACUUCAGCUGCUCUUGGUGUGGCACAAGAUUCAACGAUAAAGUAAGUCUGACUAAGCAUAUGUUAAUUCACACUGGAGAGAAACCCGUCAGCCUCUCUGACUGUGGUAACUCAGAUACAGAGACACAUUUACAACAAGAGAUUGAGGUCAAGACUGAAGACUCUUUUGAAAUAGACUGAAGACAGUGAUGAUGAUUGGAAGGUGAUGUUCAAACUCUUAGAAAUGAUGAAGUCCUUUUCAGGGAUUGUGAGAAGUCUGAGGACAUUUGUGGUUAGUGUGGUCAUCAAAAAACAUUACAAUUGACAAUGGACUUUACCAGACAAGGUUUGCAACAGCAGAGACUUAGAGUAUCUACAGCAUCUUUCUCUCUUUGCUAACAACAGGGCUUUCAGCUCAUACAUUUACAGGCAGUAUAACUCUGUUCUUCUUACCUAAGAAGGCAAGCAAGACAACUUUUACAUCAGGAGGACUGAUGCACGUGAGUCUGAUCUGCCUGUGUUUGGACAUUAAGAAAUACUCAUCAAUAUGUUUUGAAAUGUAAUCACACACACAUGGACAUUAUAGUAAUGACAGUAAACAGAAGAAACUGUAGGCGGGCGCUGAACAUACUGUAACACUUUCAUUGAAAGUCUUUAUUGCUUAGAGAAAUAAAUAUCACUGCAUGAGACACAACAAGAGCUUUUCACUCAUUUUGAACAUCAACGUUGAAACCCGGAGGUUUAGACAAAGAAAAUCAAUUUUCUGAGCCAGAAAUGGAGGAGCUUGUGAAUGAAGUGAAGGUUAGAAAGCAUUUAUAGGUUGUUUGCUGCAGCAGGAGGAUCACAAUCUUAAGAAAAAUCUGAGAAUGACACCACGUCGCUGCUGCGUUCACGCUGUCCUCCUACAGCGCCAAAACAUCCACCGUUCAUCAUUAUGCCCGAUCUGCAAUAUUUAUAUUAACGAGACCCACACUGAUUUCUUCAUAAAUUGUCAGAGGUCAUGUCAGUCAGCAGUCUCCCUCACUCAUAAUAUUAUUAAUCAAAAGUUUGAUCAACGAACAAAAACUUCUAGUUCUUGGCCACAUUUUUUCGUGGGAAACUCCGUCUGCUCUGUGACUAAUUAUGAGGAUAGACCUAAUGAUCCUGUCAGAGAUGCUCCGACUUAAUGUCCAUGUGAUGAAGAUGUGCUGAGUAACGAGAAGGUGAAAUGUGUGAAGCCACUCUCUGUGCGCUAUAUGCGUCUUGCAGCUCUUUAUUAAAACUAAAAACCACACUUGAUGAUAAAUGCACGAUAUUCAAAGAUAUUAAUGAAAACUGGUGGCGGCGGCGCUAUCGUUUUUGUACUAGUUUAAUUCUGAUUUCUACAUCAGUGAUUACAUUAAAGUCCGGUCCCCUGAGGUCCGUCCAGGAUGAGGAAGGCAAGACAGCGCUGAUGAAACGUGUAUGUGGCGGACUUUUAUGUAUUUAUUUGUUUACUUUUAUAUCUUGUCAUAUUGAAGUUAACAUACUUGAACUUAUUGAAAACGGCUCACUACAUGCGCGCGUAUAAAACAACGUCCGGUUUGAAUGAUUAUAUUAUGACGUGGAUCUGUCAGUGAAGUCUGAUAUUUAGUGAAAUAAAAUGUGUAAAAGGCAUCAAUAUAGGUUACAUUCUGCAGGUACUCAACGGUUCUAAAUGAGACCCCUGGGCUAGACUGGAUCGCAGCUGUGAGUCUCAAUCUUUCUAGUGGACUAGAUAGUUACUGUAAGUCCUGGUACAUUUAAUACAGUCUGUAAAUCUCAGCUGUGGAGAAUUGUCUCUCCAUGGGAAACUUUAAUAAAAAAGUUUAGGCUAAGUGUUUCAAUGUGUGAGCUCAGUAAAGAUAAAGUUAUAGUCAGUUUUUAUAGCAUGUGAACACAUAAUAUUAAUAAUACUAACUUUAUUUGUAUAGCACAAAACAAGGGUAUACUAAGUGCUUUGACAUGAACAAAGCAUAAGAACCCAAACAACAACAAAACACAACAACAACAAAGGAACCCUCGAGACACUCAACCAACAAGAAAAACCGGACCAACACCAGAACCCCAAACAUCAUCAGAAUAACGGCAACAUAAUAACUCACAGUAACUCAGGCAACUUAGAGUGAGACCAAGAGGACCGAGGAUGUAAGGCGAGAUUGAAACAUUGAUAAUAAACAUUGUACUUGUAUAAUCUGUCUGUAAAACUAAUUAUUGAAUAAAAAUAGUUCCUGAGAACUCCA